GCUGUUAGAGACAUUUCAUCACACAACUCAUACAACAAUCAUAGGCUGAAAUCUCAGAAAAGAACUAGACGGUGGAUUUUAUGAGCAGUUGAUUUUGUGGGCAGAUUACCAAAAUCACAUUCUGAAGAAUCAUGGGGGAAAAGAAUUGGCCCAUACACACCCUCCAAAAGGACGUCCCUUCCCCAAAGGGCAGAUGCCAAGCCACAGAAAAGCAGCAGUCCAUGGGACUGCAGAUCCUCAGCUCCACGCCGGAGCACUCCUCCCAGCACUCUUCCGGCGCGUCCACGGCCACGACCGAGUCGGGUGCCGCCGGCCGGCUGCCGACGCCGCUGGGCCUACCUGUCGCCAUCCCCGACGAGGCCGUGACCUCGCGCUCGGCGUCGGCAUCGGCGCAGUCGGCGUCGUCGCGGUUCAAGGGCGUGGUGCCGCAGCCCAACGGGCGGUGGGGCGCCCAGAUCUACGAUCGCCACGCGCGCGUCUGGAUCGGCACGUUCCCCGACGAGGACGCCGCGGCGCGCGCCUACGACGUGGCCGCGCUCCGCUACCGCGGCCUCGACGCCGCCACCAACUUCCCGCGCACGGCCGCGUCGACGGAGCUCGCCUUCCUGGCGGCGCACUCCAAGGCCGAGAUCGUCGACAUGCUCCGCAAGCACACCUACUCCGACGAGCUCCGCCGGGGCCUGCGCCGCGGCCGCGGCAUUGGGGGCCGCGCGGAGCCGACGCCGUCGUGGGCGAGGGAGCCGCUCUUCGAGAAGGUCCUGACGCCGAGCGACGUCGGCAAGCUGAACCGCAUCGUGUUGCCGAAGCAGCACGCCGAGAAGCACAUCCCCCUGAAGCGCGCGCCGGAGACAACGACCGCCGCUGACAAGUGCGUGCUGCUCAACUUCGAGGACGGCGAGGGGAAGGUGUGGCGGUUCAGGUACUCGUACUGGAACAGCAGCCAGAGCUACGUGCUCACCAAGGGCUGGAGCCGGUUCGUCCGGGAGAAGGGCCUCGUCGCCGGCGACGUCGUCGUGUUCUCCUGCUCAGAGUACGGACAGGAGAAGCACUUCUUCAUCGACUACAAGAAGACCAUGACGGCGAGUGGCGGCGCAGCGGCGUCGCCGCCGCCGGUGGUGGAGACAGGCAAAAGAGAAGAAGCCCAUGUCGUGAGGCUGUUCGGCGUCGACCUCGCCGGAGAGAUGAGGGGGCUAGCGGCGCCGGCGGGGCUGGAGUUGUUCAAGAGGCAAUGGCAUUAGCGAGUAUGUUUGGUUUUGCAGCUGAGAAAUCUUUGCUAAACCAGUAGGAGUACUAUACUACUCCCUCCGUUCCCAAAUACUUGUCUUUCUAGGCAUUUCAAAUGAACUCAACAUACGGAUGUAUGUAGACAUAUUUUAAAGUGUAGAUUCACUCA